CUGCAGUGCACUCAGCCCACCGUGCUUUACUGAGGAGGACCGAUUCAGCCUAGAAGCUCUACGCAUGAUCCAUAAGCAAAUGGAUGAUGACAAAGAUGGUGGUAUUGAAGUAGAUGAAAGUGAUGAGUUUCUAAGGGAAGAUAUGCAAUACAAGGAUGCCUCUAAUAAGCAUAGUCACCUGCACAGAGAAGACAAACAUAUCACCAUUGAGGAUCUGUGGAAACGCUGGAAAACGUCUGAAGUUCAUAACUGGACUCAAGAGGACACUCUUCAGUGGCUGUCAGAAUUUGUUGAACUGCCCCAGUAUGAAAAGAAUUUCAGAGACAGCAAUGUCAAUGGAACAACACUUCCCAGGAUAGCAGUAAACGAACAUGCUUUCAUGAUCUCUCACUUGAAAAUAAUUGACCGGAGCCAUAGACAGAAGCUUCAGCUUAAAGCCUUGGAUGUUGUUUUAUUUGGUCCUCUGACACGUCCCCCUCACAACUGGAUGAAGGAUUUUGUAUUAACAGUUUCUAUAGUUAUUGGUUUUGGAGGCUGCUGGUUUGCGUAUACACAGAACAGAACCUCAAGAGAACACAUCACAAAAAUGAUGAAGGACUUAGAAAGUCUCCAAACAGCAGAGCAAAGUCUUCUUGACUUGCAGGAAAGGCUUGAGAAGGCACAAGAAGAGAAUAGAAAUGUUGCUGUGGAAAAGCAAAAUCUGGAGCGCAAAAUGAUGGAUGAGAUCAAUGAUGCAAAACGGGAAGCUCAUCGCUUAAGGGAGUUGAGGGAGGGAGCUGAAUGUGAGCUCAGCAGGCUCAAAUAUGCAGAGGAAGAGCUAGUACAGGUUCGCAUGGCUUUAAAAAAGGCUGAGAAGGAGUUUGAGCUGAGAAGUAAUUGGUCUGUUCCUGAAGCUUUGCAGAAGUGGCUUCAGUUAACACAUGAAGUUGAAGUACAAUAUUACAACAUCAAAAGACAGCAUGCAGAAAUGCAAUUAGCAAUCGCCAAAGACGAGGCAGAAAAGAUAAAAAAGAAGAGAAGUACUGUAUUUGGAACAUUACACGUUGCACACAGCUCCUCUCUAGAUGAAGUGGACCAUAAAAUCCUUGAAGCAAAGAAAGCACUCUCUGAGUUGACGACAUGUUUGCGAGAGCGUCUUUAUCGAUGGCAACAGAUUGAGAAGAUUUGUGGUUUUCAAAUAGCACACAAUUCUGGACUGCCAAGCUUGACCUCCUCUCUCUACUCUGAUCACAGCUGGGUAGUUAUGCCCCGAGUUUCCAUUCCUCCUUACCCAAUUGCAGGGGGAGUUGACGACUUAGAUGAAGAUACUCCUCCAAUAGUUUCACAGUUUCAUGGGUCCAUUGUAAAACCUCCCAGCACACUGGCAAGAAGCAGUAGCUUGUGUCGAUCAAGACGCAAUGUUGUGCCAUCAUCUCCACAGUCUCAGCAUGCUUUGCACUCCCCUGACCCUGACAUCCUUUCUGUGUCGAGCUGCCCAGCUCUUUAUCGAACUGAAGAGGAGGAGGAAGCCAUUUACUUCUCUGCUGAUAAACAAUGGGAAGUACAGGAAACAGGUUCGGAAUGUGACUCCUUAAACUCAUCCACUGGAAGGAAGCAAUCUCCUCCAGCAAGUCUUGAGAUGUACCAGACACUUUCUCCUCAGAAAGUAUCUCCGGAAGAAUUCUCACUGGAGGAAUCGUCUACGGGAGACUCCUCUUCUCUAACUGCAGAUAUUUCUAGGGGCUCUCCGGACUGUGUAGGCAUGGCAGAAACUAAGAGCAUGAUCUUUAGUCCUGCAAGCAAAGUUUAUAAUGGAAUCCUGGAGAAGUCCUGCAGCAUGAACCAGCUUUCAACUGGGAUCCCAGUCCCAAAGCCUCGGCACACCUCGUGUUCUUCAGCCAGCAGUGAUAGUAAACCCAGCCAUGAAGCUGCUUCUGUCCCUAGGAUAAGUAGCAUCCCACAGGACAUGUACCAAAACGGUGAAAAAACCAAAAAGCCAUCGAAAAUAAAAAGCCUCUUUAAGAAGAAGUCUAAGUGAGGUGGGCAGAAGAAAUCUAUAGUAAUGUUAUAAGAACUCUAUUUUUUAAAUCUUUAGGAAUGUAAUUCCAUUUGAGCAUUCCAGACUGGAUGCCCUAAUGGGAUGCUCUGUAGGUCAACUAUAUUUAACUGACUGUACUGUCAAAGGUCGUGCCAGCUGUCAAUGAGAAAUCAUUAAAAAGUUCAGACAGUUUACAUCAAUUUCUGCCUAUUUAUUUCUUUUUUUUU